ACCGCAGGAUGGCUGUCUCAGCACUUCAGCGUACGAUUGUACUGGGACUGCUUGUAUUAAUACUGACCUGCCAUGCAGAUGACAAACCAGAGGAGAACGCAGAUAAGAAGCCAGGUGAUUCAGAAGAAAAGCCAGUCACAGACAUCCCCAAAUUCCUAAAUCUCCUGGGCACAGAGAUAAUUGAGAAUGCAGUUGAUUUCAUCCUUCGCUCCAUGACCAGGGGAUCGUAAGCACUGAGACAAGCCUUG